AUGAAUUUCACCCAACCAGACCCUCCUUCUGUGCAAGACCUCCUGCGCUCCGGAAAACCAUUUGUCCCCUUUUCCGAGUUCUCGGUUCAUGACCUCUGUGACCUAAGUCACAAAGAAGCCAAUGACUGGUUGGAACACAGGCUGCAGGAAGAAAAACCAUUUAUUAUUCAUGGCUUUGACAAGCUCGACAAUUGGGACAAGGGCAUUUUCAGCAGCAAGAGCCUGGUAGACCUGUCUUCCUCGGGAUGUGCUUACCCGGACUCGCUGCCUGUAGCAAUACCUGUGAGGAACUGUCAGACGGGACGGGAUGUGCGUAUGAAGCUUGCGGAUCUUUUCCAGUGUCUGACGGACCAUACGCGAAGUAGCCAUAUCCGAGAAUUACAAUCGCAAACAAAAUAUGACGCUUACAUGGAGGAAUUGGGAAGGUCAUCGCAUACCGACUGGGCCAAUGUUUCGAUCGCGCAGCUACAAUCAGCCAAUUUUCCCAUCUACAUUACCUACCAAGAACCUGGCGAUCUGAUUGUCUAUCCAUCAGCAACUGCGCACCAAGUUUGGAACAUUGGUCCAAUGGUCACCAGGGUCGUUUGGAAUGUCAUGCAUACAUCUUCCAUGGUAUCGUUCUUUGAUUACAUCCAACCCGCUUAUCAAAGACAAUGCCAUACAGACACCGGCCGAGUCCCAUUGAUCCCGCUACAUGCACUUAGAGAUCCUACUACGCUUAGCGCAAAGGAGCUGAAACUCCUUUUGGAGAUCUUUGAGCGGCUGGUCGACGAUGAUGAUACGGGGACAACUGUACCUGUCAAGCUUGUGGAUACUCAAGGUGCCGUGGUGGAAUGCAAUUAUUGUGGACUGACAAUCUGGAAUCGGCAUUUGCAUUGCAGAAAUCUCUGGGUCUUUUGGCUAGAGCUGCGGCAGAUGCUCGACGACAGUCUAUGGAACGCCUUUGCCAUCUGUGCCGAGACAACCAUACAGUGUGGAAAGGGAUCACAUGCUCCCAAUGCUCUGCGUUCUUCUGCUUUCGUGGCCUCUACAGACAUUUUGAUAUUGAUCUCAUUCCUCUGCUCCGAAGAGAGGGCCCGUGGGUGUGCCCCAAGUAGUAAAGAAAAACCCGUCAGAGCCCGCAUCAAGCCUGCCGAUCCCCGAGGCCGUGUUAUGGGCUUUGUAGACAAUGUGUUCGAUCAGAAGAGAGGAAAGAGAGCCAGCGCAGGGCCACAGAUAACACCUUCGCAGACGGCCAUUUCUCUGCAAGGGCGAAAACGGCCUAGACCAAACAACAGCGAAGGCUUCGAGCAACGAAUACUGGACCGCAGCAGGUUUUCUUCUACGGAGGACACUCAACCGCCUGGCAUCGUGAGAUCAGAAUCGGACGACUUAUGGAGCAGAGACACUGCUCAACCAAAUAUACAUCUCGCCAAAGUGCGUUCUUAUGGGAAUUCUUGGCCCAAAGGACAGCUUCGAAUUUGUGACCUGGUUGAGAGCCGGGAUGAGAGUGCGGCGGCUGAAGGAAGCUCUCGCAAUCAUGUCUCACGGUACCAACCUGCUGCACUUCCUGAGAUAUCAAACCGGCGCGAUCACUCUUCAGGAGAAAACAACUCUUCUUUCUCAUCUACAAGUGAGGAGAGUAUUCUUAUUCUGGAGAAGAGACUGGACGCUCUUCGUCGAUAUGCGGAUGAUCUUCUCGAUCUCUCUUUGGUGGAGUCGCACGCUAAAGUGCUUGAAAAGAUCACUGCAUUUGAAUCCCAGAUUGAGCAGAUCAGGAGGCGAAAGGCCGAAACGCUCUUUAGUAAUUUGAAUCGGGACUUUCCCGACCUGGCCAACGUAGCCAUGGAAGAGGCGCGACGGCGAGGGCUAUGA